UCCGUCGAUCAGCGUGUCCACGGAAACAUCCAGAAUCUAGUUCAGACGCAACGUGGAGCGGUGCGAAACGACGAAACUACCCCGGCACGAGUUCACCACGGGUCUGCCUUUAGAUCGCAGAGUGACAUCUGGGAAGAAGAACAGACGUUACAAUCUCACCGAUGGCUUCGCAAAUUCUGGCGGCGGCAGCCGAGAGGGUCGGACCGGCGGCGAGGCGACAGGCCGUGAGCUUGACAGACGCGGCGGCGAAUCGUAUACGGCAGCUCCUAGAGCAGCGCCGGCGGCCAUAUCUCAAGCUCGGAGUCAAGGCCCGCGGCUGCAACGGCUUGUCCUACACUCUCAAUUACGCAGAUGAUAAGGGGAAGUUCGACGAAUUGGUGGAGGAUAAAGGUGUGAAGGUUUUGAUUGAUCCGAAGGCUCUGAUGCACGUCAUAGGAACGAAGAUGGAUUUUAUAGAUGAUAAACUCAGGUCUGAGUUCGUAUUCAUCAAUCCCAACUCUAAAGGACAGUGUGGCUGUGGGGAAUCUUUCAUGACAACAGACGGUAGCGGAGCUACCAAGAAGGUAUAAAGAAUCGUGUGGCCAGCUUGUGAUGAUCCAACACUUUCACUGACUAAUUAUUCGUGUUGGCGCUGGCGGGAGUCAUAGUAGCCUCUGCUAACUCGGGUCGUAAAGUUUGCAUUCUUCUGUAAAGAUAUUCCAAUUUUGUUUGGAAGAACACAAUGUAUAUCAAUACAAUUAUGUGCUUCUUGAAAUUUUAUGAACUUUUGUAAUGUCAACAUGUAGAAGCUGCUGAAUUGUGGAAAUUGUGUCGGCGAGAUUAUCAAUAUUUUCCUCAACUUUUUUUUUA